ACUGGAGACACCGACCUGCCAGCUGCCGGCCAUGACCCGAGGGGUGCCUUCCCCUAGGCUGAUCUGUGCUUGCUUCUUCCUUUGACAAAGGAACAUUUCUCUGAUCUGAGGAACCUUGAAAAGUUCUUAUCUCUCGUGAGAGUGAUUUUGCUAAAUCUUUCAAGUCUCCUACCUUUGCUGAAUUUUACCACUAGGUUUCUGCCUCUCUGUGUUUCUAGUUAAAAAUGAGGGACGUGAAGACUCUUGUCCUGAUACUUAAUAACUUUCUUUUUAUAAUCAUUUUAAUCUCUCUGCCUGUAUGUUCUUUUUGGUCUGGCCCCUCCUCAGUAGGUGUGGAGGUCUCCGCUAACCGCUUCAGAGGAAAAUAAUUUCCUGUUGUUCUGCAAGUAUGCGAGGUAGCACCUUCGCUUCCCUAAAAAUUGGCGCAGCAUCUUUGAUACUGCUGCAGCAGUGGCGUCUGUGAGAGGGGAAGGAGUCUUUUAAAACUUUUAAAUUCCAAAAUCCUCUGCAGUUUUGCUUCAGUUUAGCUCUCCUGGCUAUCAAAACACACACAAGUAAAUAUACAAUCAUCUGAACAACAAUUUUUGUCUUAUACAUUCCCUUAAUAAUCUUGAAGGCAGUCACCACCUUUUAUUUAUUUAUCUGUUUAUUUAUUUCGCGUCCCCUAGGGACAAACAUCUCCCCUAUAAGUUACAACCUCCAUGUUCCUUGUAAGAAUUGUUUAAGACCCUUCUUUUUUACACUAAUUCCUUGUAUCUUCAGGGCUUCCUUGAGCCCGAAAAUAGAGACUUUUGAGAGGAUACCUGUCCCAUCACUUACAUUGGCUGUAAUAAUUGCACCAUUGCUCACCACCAUCCGUCUUGCUCUUUUCGCGAAGAUAGGUACAGAACUGGAUUGAAUGCAUAACUCUUUGUAGGAACUUCAGUAAAAGCCUCUGACUUCCUUUUCUCCUUUGUAUUUCUUUGACUGAUUGUUUCAUGGGAGACAAUAUGUACUUCUGUCUGUCCUGGAGACCUGAUUGCAUAGACUAGGCUGACAUUCAACUCAGAGGCAAAUGUACCUGCCUCUGUCUUCUGAGUGCUGGUGGUAAAGGUGUUGGCCAAUACACCCAGUUUGUCCAUCUUACUUUCCUUUUUAUAGGUAGUAAUUGUUCAUGCAGUUCUCUCAUAUGUACUCUUUACUGUUGAUCUGUCUAAUUCUCUCUUUCUGAUUGUUAAUAGGCAUUUCUCUUGCAAGGUGAUAUCCUGUUCAAAGGAUACUAAAAUGACAGAGGUGACCAUGCUAUUCACUUUCCUUCUAAAGUGACUUGGUGAUUACAUUAUAAUGUCUGUAUAAUAGAAUAAGUAUGGAGUGCAUAAGAAUUAUAUGACUAUGCUGUCAAAGAAGUAUACAUUUACAAUAUUGCAAAUAUCAUGUUUUCUGUUGUACAUAUGUCCGGGAUAUUUUAGAAUUCAGUGACCUAUGAUGAUGUGCAUGUUGCCUUCACUUGGGAAGAGUGGACUUUGCUGGACUCUUCCCAGAAGAAUCUCUACCAAAAUGUGAUGUUUGAGACCUACAUGAACCUCACUACUAUAGGAUACAAAUGGGAAGACCAUAAUAUGGAAGAACACUGUCAAAGUUCUAAAAGACAUGAAAGGCAUGAAGAACGACAAACUGGAGAGAAGCCUUCUGUAUAUACUCAGUGUGCUAAAGCCUUUGCAUAUGACAGUCAUCUUCAAGGGCGUGAAAGAACACAUACUGGAGACAAACCCUAUCAAUGUAAUCAAUGUGGUAAAGUCUUUGCACAUCAAAGAAAUCUUCAAGUCCAUAAAAGAACACACACUGGAGAGAAACCCUAUGAAUGUGAUCAGUGUGGUAAAGCCUUGUCUCAUCACAGUACUCUUCAAAUGCAUAAAAGAAUAAUACAUACCAGAGAUAAACCCUAUGAAUGUAAUCAGUGUAGUAAAACUUUUGCAUGUCAUAGUCAUCUUCAAGUACAUAAAAGAACACAUACUGGAGAGAAACCCUAUGAAUGUAAUCAGUGUGGUAAAGCCUUUUCUCAUCACAGUUCUUUUCAAAAGCACAAAAGAACACAUACUGGAGAGAAACCCUAUGAAUGUGAUCAGUGUGGUAAAGCUUUUGCAUGUCACAGUCAUCUUCAAAGUGCAUAAGAGAACACACACUGGAGAGAAACCUUACGAAUGUGAUCAGUGUGGUAAAGCCUUUUCUCAUCAUAGUACUCUUCAAAUGCAUAAAAGAACACAUACUGGAGAAAAACCCUGUGUAUGUGAUCA